CUAUCAUUAUUAAUGAAACUGAACAUUUUGCAUUUUCUUUCUGUGAGCUGACUAUUCAUAUCUUUACCCAUUUUUUUGUUGUGGUGAUCUUUUCAUUAUUGAUUUCUAGGAGCCCUUUAAACAUUAAAGAAUUUAGUUAUUUGUCUGAACUAUGAGUUGCAGGUAUUUUUUCCCAAACUGUCUUUGAUUUUGUAAUGGGUUUUUUUGGUGGAGGAAGGCAGAUUUUUGCUUUUCUUAAAAAAUGUUUAUAUAGCCAAAUAUAUCAGUGUUUGUUUUUUAAUGUCUUCUGGGUUUGGGAUUAUAUCUUAAAAGGCUUUUUCUGCUCUAAGAUCAUCUUUUAAAAACAACCUCCCGAUUUUUACUUUCUUGAUUUUAUUUGGUUUGAUUUUUAUGUUUAUAUCAUUGAUUCAUUUAAAGCUUAAUUUGGUGUAGGGAUCCAACUUUAUUAAAUUGGAGUGCAAAAUGAACCAACUGCUAAUGGAUCUGGUCGGUUAGGACAUGAGUCCUGGUUGAUUAGCUACGUGAGAAUCAUCCCCAACUCCCCACAGACUUUCUUACACUUUAUUUCUCCAGCACCUGCUAUGGUGCCUGAAACAGAAGUCUUCAAAUGGAUUUUAAAAUUGAACACACUUGGGAUGGUUUUCCAGUGAAGCAUGAGCCAGUGUUUGUCAGGCUGAAUCCAGGUGAUAGAGGAGUGAUGAUGGAAGUCAGUGCUCCAUUUUUCAAUGAUCCUCCAGCCCCACUAGGAGAACCAGGAAAGCCUUUCAAUGAACUGUGGGAUUAUGAAGUUGUGGAAGCAUUUUUCUUGAAUGACGUAACUGAACAGUAUUUAGAAGUUGAACUUUGUCCCCAUGGACAGCAUUUGGUGCUUUUACUCUCUGGAAAAAGAAAUGUGUGGAAACAAGAACUUGAUCUAUCAUUCAAAGCGUCCAGAGGAGAGACAAAAUGGGAAGGUAGAGCUUAUCUUCCUUGGAGUUAUUUUCCACCAAAUGUGACAAAAUUCAAUUCAUUUGCAAUUCAUGGAUCAAAAGAUAAAAGAAGCUAUGAAGCUCUUUACCCUGUACUUCCACAUGAGCUGCAGCAAGGACAAAAACCUGAUUUCCAUCAUCUGGAAUACUUCAAGCCUUUCAGUUUUAACACACUGCUUGGAGAAGAGUGGAAACAACCAGAGUCAGACCUGUGGCUAAUAGAGAAACCUGAUGUGUAGGAGUAUAGUAGAUGACCACAUCAAUCAUUUCUUCUCUAUACCUUUUAAGGUAAACUAAUAAUAAGUAUAAUCUCUUUCAAGACACCAUGAACACAUUUCAACAAUAAAUAUUUCAUAGAGGUCAGUGAAAGUAUGUAGUAUCUCUGUGGCAAAUUGUGUAUGAAUUAACAAGAAAGUAGAAAGUUCAUGUAUGAUUUUAUCUAUAAAGUGAAAAUGUUUCUUGGAGUCACUUAGUCCAGGAGCCAUCAUGCCAAGGGGCUCUACCAUCUGCCUUGCAGCACCAUCAACCCACAUAUCCCAGACUCUGUCAACCAAAAUCAGUAUUUCUCUUCCCACUCCCCUAAACCUCAGCCAGCUUAUGACUGAACAUCUUAUUUGUACAUUUUUGAACUCCAUAGUAGUGUAUAAUAAUUCUUUACUCAGACUCCUCUGUCCAUUUUUGAAAUGAAUAGAAAACAAUGACAUAUUUCAGUUGAACAGGAGGUGCACAUCUGUUAAGGCAUUAUUAAAAUACAUGUGCUAUUUAAUUAGCUGUAUUUCCUGUCUUAUGACUACUUUUCUUCUGUAGAAGAAAGUGGAAUGAAGUAAUCUUGAAUUCGGCCAACAGAUUCUGCUUUCAUUUGCAAAUAAAUGACAUUUUCUUAAUGCUGUUAAA